AUGUUGCUCCUGAAGCAAAACAACCACAUUUUGCGGGUGACCUUCAGUGCGGCGUCGCAAGAGGACUUUGCUAACGGGACAUUGUCCUUUACUCCCGAUGGCGGCUUGUCGCUCAACAAGCCGCUCGACUUCUCCGUCGGAGUCGAGAACAUCAGCAUGUUCUCAUCUGUCAAGCAUGCGGAGGCCAAACUUCGCUGCGAGGUUCACUCGAAGAGCACGGUGGUCGACGAGAAAGCUGAUGAGGCAACGGCGGCGUCGGCCUUCAAGAUUUGCAUCUUGUUGUCGGCGUCGGCGUCGACGGAAAAAUUUCCAGAGGAUGAGGUCGGCGUCGUCAACCUUCAGCACUAUAUGUCCAAGAACACCAAGGCGCAUAGUCGUCCGAGCUUGCCGUCGGAGUCGUGGUCCCUAGUCGUCUUCCCAAGCGAACUGGAAACGACAGCCGUACACCACUUCCUCACGCACGGCGUCGCUCCGUCGGCCGUCGUCCUGGACUUACAGGUCAAGCAGGAGGUGAUGAUGCCAGCGCCCGGCGUCGGCGUAGAUGUUCGAUGCAUCCCUGAGAAGGCUUCUCUCGCAGGUCACUGGCUGUUCACGGGGUCGGAUGCGAAAACAGUCCUGGGACACAUCCGCAAGUUCGUGAUCAAAGCAGUGGUCGGGAAGUCGGAUCUUGUGGCCGUGGACAGCCCCUACACCGAUGUUCUUCAGAGCCUCAAGGAUCGCGCCGACAAGAGGCAGGCCCUGAAGCGGCGUCGAAUUGAAGAACUGAAACAACUGGUCCGGGAGAUGGAUGGCCCAGAGACUGAGGGCACUGAGGCUCCGUUGCCACCGGCUGACAGCCAGAGCGCAUGA